AUGGCAACCUCAUCCUUGGAACUUGGCCAUCGUCCCUCUGGUCACUUGGCUCCACCUCCUGACUACGAGACCACUGAAGCUGUAGAACUAUCACGCCUCUCGCCAGCUACGUCUUCAACAAACUCCCUUCCAGAGUAUACGACGCUAUACAAUAUUGAAAACGGAGACUCCGCAUCCUCCUCCUCAACAUCGGUAUUUUAUCCUACAAAACAGCUGCAGAUCCAAGCCCCUGGGUUUGCACUUAUUAGGCUUCCUCUACCGCCACAGCCAGAUCCUAUCUAUGUCUUCAACGUCGCAGCAACGGGAGAACUCGAUGAUGCAGAGGCGAACGAUCCUACACAAGCAGCUCUUUGCACGACCACAUACCGUUUUGGCCCAGGCAAGCCUCCCAAGAUCCGUUUUGUUGGGGAUGGAUCACAGAACGGCCAGACAGAGGAGAUAGAGCUCAGCUGCAAAGGUGUUCUAACUCGCAGCACCAUCAUGCGCACUCAUCUCGGUACUUUCGAAUGGCGAUAUAGUUCCCGCGCCGAACGUCGAAGUGCAAAAGCCUCUGUUGGCGAGGACAUCGACUGUCUACUCAUUCUAGACCAAGUCAUGAAAGUGGCCAUUGCAGGAGGAAAGCAAGAAGAGAGUAGACGCAAAGUUGGGCAAUUCGUGCGUAGCGAUGGACUCCGCACUCAAGGUUCUAGGAGGAGCUCUGCUGGAAAUGGUGGACGGCUUAUGCUUGAUUUGCGUGAAUGGCUGGAUCGGAAAAACGAGGCAAUUGAGAUGGAAAUUCUAGCUGUGACUAUGGCUAUCAUGGGAGGUGCUUCUGGUGGACCCUAG